UGUCCCUCAGACACAGCGGAUCACCAAUCCACGGAAAAGAGCCGAAGAUGUCGGCUCGGUGAUGUGAUCAGCUGUGUCCAAUCACAGCUGAUCACCGGCUUUUCGCGGAGGGAACAUGUACACUGAGUGUGCCCUGAUGAUCAAUGUAGCCCCAGCAGUGCCACCUGUCAGUGUUCAUCAGUGCUAGCUGUCAGUGCUGAUCAGCGCCACAUCUAUGCCACAUAUCAGUGCCUACCAGUGCACAUCAAUGCCACAUAUCAGUGCCCAUCUGAGCUGCCUUUCAGUGCCACCUAUCAGUGCCAGUCAGUGCCACCUAUCAAUGCCAAUCAGUGCCACCUAUCAGUACCCAUCAGCGCCACAUCAAUGCCACAUAUCAGUG